AUGGAGACUAUAAAGCCAAAGAUGAAAGUGCUGAAAAAGCGUCGCUCCAGUCUUUUUGCUACCAUAAAACGGGAAGUAAGUUUUUCACAAAGCAUUGAAGAACAGGAGUGUGAAUUCCCUUUUUCACAGGACAGCUCUGUGAAACCAUGGACAUCUAUGGACAACCUUGAUACUCCUGAUGAGAAUAACAGUGGAACAGAGGAGCAGAGCAAAGAUGCACCAAAACCAAGGCAAUCAAACAUUGUCAACCUCAAUGUGGGUGGAAAGGUGUUUCACAUACCAAAACAUUUGGUCCUCCAACACCCAAAAACCAGGAUUGGCGUUCUUGCCCUCUGUGAUGAUCCGGUCAAGCGUCUGACGCUCUGUGACGAUUACAAUGUUCAGAACAACGAGUUCUUUUUUGACAGGGACCCGAUGUUUUUCCACUACAUAUUCCACUUUUACUGCAGUAAUGUCCUGUGGGUAAUGGACAGCCUUUGCCCUGUCAACUUUGAGGAAGAGAUGUCAUUCUGGGGCCUGAAACUCAAGGACACUCCAAGGUGCUGUCGCAUUCUGUUUGAGGAGAAACUGGAUGACAUCAGAGAUCAACUGAAGGUCAACCAAGAGCUAAUUGAUGAGAUUAAACCUCACCAGGAUGACGAAGGUUACAAUACCAUGUUUCUUGGAGACUUUCGGAAGGCCCUCUGGGACUUGAUGGAGAAUCCUUACUCUUCACUGUCAGCCAAAGCCUUUGCUGUGUUUUCCAGUCUCUUUGUGCUUAUCUCUAUUGUUGCCAUGACAAUGAAUACAGUGAAAGAACUCAGGGAGUACAAACUCGCCGGCAAAACCUACAUGGAGUGGAUAGAGAUUGCUUCCAUCCUGUUCUUCACCUUGGAGUACUUUUUGCGGUUAUUUACCACAUCCAACAUCAAGCAUUUUGUGAAGAGUGCCCUCAACUUUGUUGAUGUGGUGGCUGUUAUGCCCUACUUCAUCCAAAUCCUUUUUGAGGCGUUUGUUAUAGAUUCAGAAGACUUAGGUGCACAGGAAGAUUUGAAGGCCAUGGCAAGGGUCAGUAAAGUCAGCAAGGUGCUCAAGGUCGUCAAGCUGAUGCGCAUCUUCCGUAUCUUGAAGCUUGCCCGUCAUUCCACAGGCAUGAGAGCAUUUGGUUUCACCAUCCGCCAGUGCUCUGAGCAGGUCUGCUGUCUGUUUCUAUUCAUUGCCAUGGGCAUCUUUACCUUCUCUGCUCUGAUGCACUCUGUGGAGGUGGAUCAGCCUGGGACGCCAUUCAGCAGCAUACCAGAUGCCUGGUGGUGGGCUGCGGUGAGCAUCUCUACUGUGGGCUAUGGAGAUGUCGUCCCUAUCUCCUACCUCGGCCGCUGUGUGGCAUUUGGCUGCAUCUCAUUUGGCAUCAUCCUCAAUGGCAUGCCCAUCUCCAUUCUGUUCAACAAGUUCUCCGACUACUACGCCAAACUGAAGGAACAGGAAUACACAUUUUCAAACACAGAGCGCACCUUCCAGCUCAAGAAACGUCUGAGGCGCAAGUUUGACAGCUGCUUCGCACCCCAGCCAGAAGACUCCGACGAUGAGAUUCAUUAUCGGCCCAGUGGAAGGCAAACUAUCCGUGAGAGCGAGGAUUGAGAGAAGCCGCCUAGUCGUGAACUUGCUAACCCUAAAUGGCCUUAUCACCCAUGGGUCUAGAAAGUGUAAGACCCCAUCUGCCUCCAACUCUGAGCCUAUGUGAUUUAAAAUAAACAAUCUAAGAGGAGGGGGAAAUGGAGGCAGCAACAAGUUGAGAUAAGCUUUAAGCCUCAGCUUCAUAGUAGGUACUGUUUGCAUGCAAUUUGUGAUGACUCUUUGAUCAAGUAGAGAAGAUGCUUCCGCUGGACAGCUUGUUAUCUGUUUCCAAGAAUAGCACCUGGCUGCAACUAAUUCUGACUAAACUGAAAUAGAUGUGUGACACAAGGAGGUCAAGUUGUAACAUUAUUGAUGAAGCAAUGUUACACUGAUCACUUUGAAGGGAGUGGGAUGCUUGUGAAGAAUUAUUUUCAUUGGAAGUGCUAUUAAUGGACUAUUUUGGACAACUUCAUGGUCUCGUACAUGUUACUUUACAUUCCUGAUACUCCGCACAAUAGACAGUUUAACUUCUUCUUCUUCUUCUAUAAGAUUUUUGGCCAAUAGCUGGUCAAACAUCACUUUGGACUGUAGUCACUGUCUUCCGCUUUUUUAGGCCAAGAAAAUACAUGUGUACAGGCAAUGCAAGCCUCACAGAUUCACACUAUGUUCACCUGAGAAAAAUUCAGCAUCAUCAGUGCAAAGCCCUCCCAUGUGCUAUAUGUCAGCAAAGUGGCAUUCUCGUGAAAAGCACACCUUUUCUUUUUUUUUGUCCAGUCACUCAGCAUGCUCUUGACUGUACCUUAGUGGGAGGAUAGGCGCAGCAGGGGAUGUGUCAGUAGAGCUCAAGAGCACGGGUCUAAUUUUGUGGUCAAGGAUUACAAGGAUUUGCGCUUGCACCUCCUGCCUGUUCAGUCAAGGGCAAAAGUCAAUCAAGUCCUGUGCUAUUUUGGGCGCACAGAGAAUCUGACCAGGUGCUAUUUAAGUGCUUACAAGCCACAUUCACGAGGGAUAGCAGACAAAUGUUUCUUAUAUAGGUCUUUCAAGCAGGAGAAUUGAGAUAAGAAACAAUGGUGCUUGUAAUCGUCAUCUAGCAGUUCAGAAUUUGGCACAAUCCUUGAGAACUGAGCUCCAUGUUCUUGGACUAUAGCUGUCAGGAUCCAACAUAGCUCAGUUCUGUAGUGGAAACUGUCACUGCACUGUGCUGCUUGCUGUGUUUGGCCAUUCGGCUAAAAUCAUUAAACCAAUUCCUGCCCUGGAGCAAGCAAACAGUAAGCAGAUGUAUUAUCUCAUCCCAUUUAAUAUGUCCUAUUUGCUGCUCAGUCUGUGCUAGAUACAGAUACAAGGGAAAGAAAAUAAGCCCUUGGCACACCCACUGAUUCACACCCUGUGUCUAACUGUGCUGAAGAUGUGUUGUGCCUCUGAUCAUAACAAAACACCUUGCACCUGCACUGGUAACCUCUGAUUUACAAAUAUAGAGCUCUAUGAAGUAUUAGACCCUUGUUCCACCCACAUAAGACAUAAUUAGAGACAGUAUUGUAUGUUCAUUGAGUUACUGAAUGAAUUAUCAGUAUAACAUUAUGAAUGCUUCCUUGUACAGAAAGUACAAGUACAGAAAUACUCGUCAAAGACUAAGGAUUUGUCCACAAGUGAAAGAUGUCCAAUCUCUGUUUACAUUGUAGCCUAAAGAUUUCAAAGGUUUUGAUUGGAGAGUCAGUGGUCAACUGUAUGAAGGUGUUAAAAAUUACAUUGGUUAAACAGAGCAAACAAAAGAAGGACAUUUUAUGAUUUGUGUUUAAUUUCAUAUAUAUAAAUGUAUGUAUAUAUAUAUAUAUAUAUACUCAGUUACU